UUUUUGGGAAAGGAAUUUUGAGACCGCACGUACAAUAUGGAAGAGUACGAACUGAGAAAACUUUUAGAAACGAAGAACGGAUGUCGAAUCCCGAAGAUGCGACCCAUACCAGAUGUUCAUCUUAUGGACAACUUACCAUUUACUCCGCAACCACCUUACAACCGGAUCAAGGAGAAGCAAAAAUUAUUCCGGCAAGUCUUGGAAGAGAAAGCGUCGGAGAGGAAGGUUAAAAUCGCUCGCGGCCCUCUGCCACGCCGCGAAAGUGACCGACUCGAGCUGGUGCAAGAGCGAUACAUCGCCUCGCUCAAGGAGUGCGCUGAUAAAAUACAACCACCUCCCAUGCUCAAAUCAUGGGAAAAAAGGAUUAUCAGCCUCGUGCCGGCCAAACUACGUAACGCAUUCCCCUCCUUCACAGAAGAUCUAAUAAAUGAAAGCAAGUCCGAGUGGAACCGAUACCUUCAUGGCCACGGUGUGAAAACUGUUAUUCGUGAUGUGCCCGGCGUCUCACGCAAAAGGUAUGAAGAACCAUUAUUUAAAUUCAGUGGGGUUACCCCUAAUUACGAGAAAAUGCUCAAGUUUCGUACAAAACUUCAAGCUGGCUCUCUAAUUUUACAUCCUUUUAUAAGACUUGUUGUUGAGUCAUCAGAGAAAACUUUUCCGCCAUACAUCAUAUGUUUGAAAAAAUAUAGAGCUAUGGGACCAAUGGAUUUGAGUGAGUUUCGAGCAAAGAUUAUGGAUGAAAUCAAGCGCGCAGAUUAUUUGGUAUCCAGCACUUGGUAUGCAAUACUUGUAAAUUGGUUAAAAAAUCCGAGAUGUCUACGGGGUAUGCGGCCUAAGCGGAUUCCACAGUUUGUACGUUGCGCUACAAAAAUGAUUUCAAUGCAAAUACAAGAACUAAUGCGCAGAUCUAUAGACGCAAUUAUUAACGCCUUGAAGGAUCCAGAUUCCGUGCCCAUUUUGAACUUGGCGCUUGAUUUUGACGGAGAAUUUAUCUAUGAUGAGACUCUGGAAACUGUCUAUCAAACUCUUCAUGAUAUAGUGGAUGCAAUAUCAAAUAUAUCUCAGCGGUUAAUGCCAAUCGAACAGUAUCUCCGAUUACCUUACGAUUUCGAUGCUUUACCGGUUCAAUAUAACCAUUGGUUGCGCUUUGAUGGACAUGACAGACUGCAAAAACAAUUACAUGUUGUAUUUGAUCCACUUGUUAAGUAUUUAGUUCAACUUCGUUUACAAUAUGACAUGCUCUACGGUGCUCCAGCGAAAACCACACUCUUAAAAUUUAUUAAAUAUGCAAUAACCUUCGAAGAAUCGCGCAAUAAGAUAUUGUACUUUCAAAGUAUAGAUUCAGACAUUACUGCAGUAUUAGAAAAUGCAUACUUUAAUCCUUCCGUGGUAUGUCAACUAAGAAUGGUAGCAGGAUUGAAAAGAAAGGCCUUAGAAUUUAUAAAUGAUAUCAUAGCAGGAAUAGUGAAAACACAUAUGGCUGAGAAUGACAGCAUUUGUAAUGAGUUUGAAAUAAUUAAAGUUAAAGCGCUUACUGAACCUAAAUCAGCGGCUGAAUUAAUAGAACAAGGUGUUUAUAUUUUACACGCUAAAACUGUAUUAGUUGAAGAGUUGAAAGAAAGGAUAUCAAGGCAAAUAAAUAUUAUUUCCAAUCUUCUUGAAAUGACGUCUCUCUCGCCUGAGCAUGUAGCAUCUAAUACACGAACAGUUAAUUGGAUAAAAGACAUAAAACCUAUAUUCGAUAGAAACGCUGCUGCAUACGAAGAAUUUAAAGGGGAAAUGGAAGAUAAUCUACGACGUAAAGUAGCGCAUAUAAACAAAGAAGUAGCGGAAAUGCUUCCUUACUUGGAGCAACUUGACAAUAUGGAUGACAUCGAUCACACUCUAGAGUAUCUUGAGUAUUUACGCAAAUUUGCCUAUCGUUUGGCUGACUGUGAUAAAAUAGUUGAAUGGAUAAAUCACGAAGAAAAAACAUUUAAAUUCCCAAUUACAAAUUUCACUGACUUAGAAGAACUUAAAGACUACAUAUUACCAUUCUAUAAUCUCAUUCAUCUUGCUCAUAAGUGGAAACGUAGUUAUUAUACUUGGAUGGACGGAGUGUUUGAAUAUUUAGAUCAUGAACAAAUUGAACAAGAUCAUGACUUUUACUACAAAGAAUUUUUGAAGCUUUCUAAGGUAUACCGAACAAAAAUUAAACAACAAAUCGCCGAGGGGAGUGAAAGACGAUUUCAAGGAUUACCUGAUGAUACAGAUGUGAAUAAUGUUCCGGCUCCUAUGAAACUUUGCGCUCAGGCGGUUGCUGAGCUCAAAGAUUGGCGUCCGAAUGUACAGAUGGCACAUAUAAUGUGUAAUCGAGCUUUAGUGCAAAGACACUGGGAUGAAAUGUCGUCUAUAGCUGGAUUCGAUCUGACCCCUACUGCAGGCACCACUUUAAGAAAAAUAAUAAAUUUUAAUCUUUGGGGUGAAAUCGACCAAUAUGAUAUAAUUAGUGUAGCUGCAACAAAAGAGCUGGCACUGAUAACUAACCUAAAUAAGAUGAUAGCCGAAUGGACUGAUAUAUGUUUUAAAACUAGCCCAUACAAAGACACUGGUAUUUUUAUAUUAUCUGGGCUUGAUGAUAUUCAAAGUGUUUUAGACGAUCAUAUACUUAAAACUAUAGGUAUGAGAGGUUCUGCAUUUGUAAAACCAUUUGAAGCUCAAGUUCGCGCGUGGUAUGAAAAGAUUAUAAGAGUUAAUUCAACUGUUGAUGAAUGGGGAAAGGUUCAAAGUCAAUGGUUAUACUUGUUACCCAUAUUUUCUUCAAAAGAUAUUGUAGCACAAAUGCCGGAAGAAGGUGUCAUGUUCGUUGAAGUGAAUAACAUAUAUCGAAGAUACAUGGGGAGUGUUGCUAAGGAUCCUCAUGCUUUAGAAAUCGCAGGAGGAAUGGGCGUCUUAGAAUCAUUCAAAAUCGCGUCUGCCAUGUUAGAAAAGAUUAACGACGGGGUUAACAAUUAUUUGGAAAAGAAACGACUUUAUUUUCCAAGAUUUUUCUUUUUAUCGAAUGAUGAAAUGUUAGAAAUACUAUCUGAAACAAAAAACCCACUCAAAGUACAGCCUCAUUUAAAAAAAUGCUUCGAAGGGAUUAAUAGAUUGGUUUUUGACCCAGUAUUUAAUAUAUCAGCCAUGAUAUCAAUGGAAACAGAGCAAGUAGAGUUUCUUGAAACCAUAAGUGUAGAAGCUGCAAGAGGUUCUGUAGAAAAGUGGCUUGUGCAAGUAGAAGAACAGAUGCUUAAGGCUGUUAAAAUGGAAACGGAGUUGUCUUAUUACGAAUAUCCAACUUUAGGGCGUGUGGAAUGGAUAUUAUCGUGGGAAGGCAUGGUGGUGCUAGCUGUAUCUCAAAUUUACUGGGCAGUCGAUGUUCAUGAAGCUUUAGCUACGCACAAACUACAAGAACUUGAAGCUUUUCAUAAACAUUUGAGUAAGCAACUGAAUGAAACUGUUGCUGUGAUUAGACGUACUGACUUGACAAAGCUUAGCAGUAUUACUGUAAAAGCACUUAUUGUAAUAGAUGUGCACGCAAAAGAUGUAAUCUUUGAACUUGUCGGUAAAAAUGUUACAGAAGUCACUGAUUUUCAGUGGUUGUCACAACUGCGUUAUUACUGGGAAGAGGAGAGGGUAUUUGUUAAAAUUAUUAAUGCUACUGUAAAUUACGCUUACGAAUAUUUAGGAAACUCCGAUAGGUUAGUAAUAACUCCUUUGACGGAUAGGUGCUAUCGUACCCUGAUUGGUGCGUACUACUUACACUUAAACGGAGCUCCUGAAGGUCCUGCCGGUACCGGAAAAACAGAAACUACAAAAGAUUUGGCCAAAGCGCUUGCUGUUCAAUGUGUAGUGUUCAAUUGUUCUGAUGGCUUAGAUUAUAAAGCUAUGGGGAAAUUCUUUAAAGGCUUAGCAUCUUGUGGUGCAUGGGUGUGCUUUGAUGAAUUUAAUCGAAUAGAAGUAGAAGUGCUAUCUGUAAUAGCUCAGCAAAUUUUAUGUAUUGUUCGAGCAGUGAGAGCAAAGGCAGAGACAUUUGACUUUGAAGGUACUACACUGACUUUAAAUCCAGCUUGUUAUGUGUGCAUUACAAUGAAUCCUGGCUAUGCGGGAAGAUCAGAACUUCCAGACAACCUAAAAGUACUAUUUCGUACUGUAGCUAUGAUGGUUCCGGAUUAUGCAAUGAUAGGAGAAAUAUCUCUGUACUCGUUUGGAUUUUUAGACGCUCGAAAUUUAUCGGUAAAAAUAGUUACAACAUACAAACUUUGUUCUGAACAGCUGUCUUCUCAAAAUCAUUACGAUUACGGAAUGAGAGCAGUUAAAACGGUAUUAUCUGCUGCCGGCAAUUUAAAAAGAACUUUCCCACAUGAAAAUGAAAGUAUAUUACUCCUGAGAUCAAUAACAGAUGUAAAUUUACCAAAAUUUUUAUCGUUUGACGUACCUUUAUUUGAAGGCAUUAUUUCGGAUCUUUUUCCAGGUAUAACGUUACCAAAACCCGACUAUGAAGCUUUCUUGAACGCGUGUCAUCAUACGUGCCAACUUAAUAAUCUACAACCGGAAGAUUGCUUUUUGUUAAAAAUAAUUCAGACUUACGAAAUGAUGAUAGUCAGACACGGGUUCAUGUUAGUCGGUGAUCCUUUUUCUGGUAAAUCUAUGACAUUAAAAAUAUUGUCAGAGUCAAUGACUUUAAUGGAAGAAAGAAAUCAACCGGGAGGCUGUGCUUGCACCUACAAAGUCCUUAAUCCUAAAGCUGUAACAAUGGGGCAACUGUACGGCGCAUUUGACCCCGUUUCAUAUGAAUGGACAGAUGGUAUUGUAGCCACAAUGUUCAGAAACUUUGCUUCUGAAGACACACCAGAAAGAAAAUGGAUUGUUUUUGAUGGUCCCGUGGACGCUGUAUGGAUUGAAAAUAUGAAUACUGUUCUGGAUGAUAAUAAAAAACUGUGUUUAACUUCUGGCGAAGUAAUGGCUAUGUCAAACGUAAUGUCAAUGAUAUUUGAGGUUAUGGAUCUUUCACAGGCUUCUCCGGCUACAGUAUCUAGAUGCGGUAUGAUUUACAUGGAAUCUUCUUCACUAGGAUUCGCUCCAUUUUAUACAUCUUGGUUAAAAACAUUAAACCCUAUAUGGAUUGAUGAAAACGAACAAUACAUUUAUGAUAUGUGUGAAUGGCUGCUAGAUCCACUCGUGUAUUACGUUCGAAGAAAUUGUGGUCAGUUGGUAACAGCUGGAGAAGUUAAUUUAGUAAUAAGCACUCUGCGUCUCAUUGAAAUGCUUAUGGAUAACGCCAUCGAAGGAGAAGAAGAUACAAAAUAUACACGUUGUUGGUUUCUAGCCUCUCUGAUGACUGCCUUGGUGUGGGGUGUGGGCGGAAUAUUAAAUACAGAUUCCCGUGAAAAAUUUGACGAUCUCGUUAAAGAGUAUUUUAGAGGUGAAAAGGGAAUACCACACAAUAUAGAACGUUUAGAUGUUUCUAUUCCUUCUGAGGGUAUGAUCAUUGACCAUUAUUACAUGUACAAGAGCAAAGGCUGUUGGAAGCCGUGGCCUGAUUUUGUGAAAGCAGUUGUAUUUAAAGAAGAAAUUAAUCUUUUACAAACUGUGAUACCUACAUUAGAGACGGAGAAAUUUAUGUAUUUAUUAAAACUGCAUACAAAAUUCAACCGACCUAUAAUGUUGAUCGGACCAACCGGUACUGGGAAGAGUUUUUAUGUUCAAAAUUUUUUAAUGACUAGAAUCGACAUGGAAAAAUACACACCAGGUUUUAUAACAUUUACAACCACAACGUCUGCGAACCAAACACAAGAAUUAGUGAUUUCUAAAUUAAACAAACGAAGAAAAAAUAUUUACGGUCCUCCAAAAGGAAAACUAGCCAUUAUAUUUAUAGAUGAUAUGAACAUGCCCGCUAAAGAGGUGUAUGGUGCACAACCAGCUAUUGAAUUACUCAGACUUUAUUUUGACCAAAAACAUUGGUAUGAUUUAAAGACUACAGAUAAAUUGUAUCUACUUGAUACAUUCUUCUAUGGAGCCAUCGGCCCCGUCGGUGGCAGCCGGCAGUUGAUAUAUCCAAGAAUGUUGCGUCAUUACAAUAUUUAUUCAAUAAAUGAGUUUUCUAAGGAUAGCAUGACGAAAAUAUUUACUUCUCUUUUACAACUUGGUUGGAAGAGAAACGGAUUUGGUCAAGAUACUCAACCAACAAUAGUAAACAUAAUUGCAGCCACAAUGGAAAUUUACGAGCAGGCUGGUCAGGGGUUGCGACCAACGCCUGCUAAGUCGCAUUAUAUAUUCAAUUUAAGAGAUUUUUCAAGAGUCAUUCAGGGUUGUACAUUGUUAAGAAGGGAAUCAGCUGAAAGUAAAAAAACUUUUGUUCGAGUUUGGGUACAUGAAAUAAUGCGUGUAUUUUAUGAUAGACUUGUAGACGAAGAGGACCGUACUUGGUUUUAUGACCUUUUAAAAAAGUGUACCCGCGACUUCAUGAAGGAUACAUUUGAAUCCGCAUUGGAUACGUAUGCCAAUGAGAAAGGUGAAGUGACGCAGGAGACCAUCAAAGCUAUGAUGUUUGGUUGUUACUUAGACUUGGACAGUAGUGAAGGCGAAAGGCGUUACGAUGAGUUGCCUUCUAAGGAAGUGUUUCUAAACAUUGCUAUAGCUAUGUUAGUUGAAUAUAAUACUAUGCACAAAGCAAAAAUGAACAUUGUAUUGUUCGAUUAUGCAUUAGAACAUUUGUCAAAAAUAUGUCGUCUGCUGUCUAUGCCUUCAGGGAAUGCUUUACUCGUUGGUGUAGGUGGUUCGGGUCGUCAGUCUCUGACACGACUAGCAUGUACAGUAUUAGGUCAAAAUGUUUUUCAACCAGAAAUCACUAAAGCGUACGGCGUUAAAGAUUGGCAGGAUGAUGUGAAAUUAGUCCUUCGAGAAUCAGGCGGUCUUAAUAAAGACACUACAUUUUUGUUUACUGAGAGUCAAAUAAAAGAAGAAGUUUUUAUUCAAAACUUAGACAGUUUGCUAAAUUCAGGUGAAGUUCCUAAUUUAUAUGGUUUAGAUGAGAAACAAGAAAUUCUUGAGUUAGUGCGAUUGGCAGCACAAGGCGGUAACAGAAAUUUAGAUAUAGGUCCCCUUCAAAUUUUAGCCUUUUUCAUUGCAAGAUGUAAGGCAAAAUUACAUUGCGUAUUGUGCUUCAGUCCGAUUGGUGGCGCGUUCCGAUUAAGAUUGAGGCUUUAUCCAGCAUUGGUUAAUUGUUGUACCAUAGAUUGGUACGACAGCUGGCCAGAAGAUGCGUUAACAAUGGUCGCUCAUCAUUAUAUGGUGAAAGUUAAUGUACCUGAUAAAGUAAAAUCGGCUGCUGUUGUAGCAUGUAAGCAAUUUCACGUGGACGCUCGCAAAGUAUCUGCAGAUUUCUAUAGCCAAUUUCGCAGAAAAACCUACAUAACGUCUGCUUCUUACUUGGAUCUGAUUAAGUCAUUCACAUCGUUAACCAACAAAAAACAAAGGGAACUAAGAGCAGCUAAACUUAGGUAUAUUAAUGGGUUAGACAAACUUGGUCAAGCAGCUGAAGCCGUGGCUAUCAUGCAGCGUGAUUUAAAUGAGCUGAAACCCAAACUCAUCGUUAUGGCUGAGAAAUCUGUAAAAAUGAUGCAGAAUAUAGAAAAAGAAACAGAGAUUGCCGACAAAGCCGCUGCACAGGUUAGAGAGGAUCAAAAAGUUGCCAAUGUACAAGCAGCAGCUGCAACAGAGUUGAAAAAAGAUUGUGAAGCGGAUUUAGCUCUAGCAUUGCCUAUCUUGGAAGAUGCUGUGGCAGCUUUGAACACGCUAAAACCAGGAGAUAUAACGAUAGUGAAAUCAAUGAAAAAUCCACCAGCCACUGUCAAGAUGGUCAUGGCUGCAGUUUGUGUUAUGAAAGGUAUACCUCCAGAUAAAAUUCCGGAUCCUGACAAUCCAGGAAAAAAGAUAUUUGACUAUUGGGGGCCGAGUAAAAGAAUAUUAGGCGACAUGAGUUUCUUGGAAUCUCUUAAAAGCUACGACAAAGACAAUAUACCUGUCGAGACAAUGAAAAAAAUUAGAAAAGAAUAUUUGCCCAAUAAAGACUUUAAGCCCCACAUAAUUGCCAAAGCAUCUGCUGCCGCUGAAGGAUUGUGUAAGUGGAUUAUCGCUAUGGAUAUGUACGAUGCAGUUGCCAAAGUGGUAGCUCCAAAGAAGGCUAAGUUAAACGCCGCAGAAAAAGAGUUCUCAGAAACUAUGGCCUUGUUGGAGGAAAAAAAGGCAAUGGUUGCUCGCUUAGAAGCUAAACUAGCUGAGUUAAACGAGUCGUUGGCGGAAGCAAACAUUCAAAAGAAAGCUCUUGAAGAUGAAGUACAGCUAUGUAUAGAUAAGUUAUGGAGAGCUGAAAAAUUAAUUGGUGGUUUAGGAGGAGAGAAAGUACGCUGGACCGCUGCUGCUGAGAAUUUGCAAUUAUUAUACGAUAAUUUAGCUGGAGACAUGUUGGUUUCGUGUGGAAUAAUUGCUUAUUUAGCUCCUUAUACGUUACCCGUGAGAACUGCUAUUACAGAACAAUGGCGCCAACUAGUAAUCAAACUUGAUAUGCCACAUUCUGGAACAUAUGUCCUUAAAGACGUCUUAGGUUCUGAUAUUAAAAUACAGAAUUGGUGCAUUGCGGGAUUACCUAGAGAUGCUUUCUCUAUUGACAAUGGCAUUAUACAAGACAAUUCUAUGAGAUGGUCAUUACUGGUAGACCCACAAGGACAGGCAAAUAAAUGGAUCAAAACAAUGGAAAAAUCUAAUGAUCUUCAAGUUCUUAAGUUUACUGAUGGCAAUUAUAUGAAAGUCAUUGAAACUUGCUUAGAGUAUGGUAAACCUGCUCUAAUUGAUUGUAUUUUAGAAGACGUAGAGGCGCCAUUAGACCCAGUGUUAUUAAAAAAUACUUAUAUGCAAGCCGGUAAAGAAUAUAUUGCACUUGGUGAGAAUGUCAUAGAGUAUCAUCCCAAUUUUAGACUUUACAUGACUACAAAACUACGAAACCCUCAUUAUCUUCCUGAAGUAUUCAAUAAAGUAACUUUAAUUAAUUUUGCUCUUACUAAGGACGGCUUAGAAGAUCAAUUACUCGGAAUUGUAGUGGCUAAAGAGCGCCCUGACUUGCAAGAAAAACGUGAAAAGCUCAUAGUACAAGGCGCAGCUAAUAAAGCCGCCCUCAAAGGUGUAGAAGAUGAUAUUUUGCGCACCUUACAAGAAUCUAAAGGCGACAUUUUAGAGGAUGAAUCUGCUAUAGAAGUUUUAGAUUCGUCUAAAAUACUGGCUAUUGAUAUAAUGAAAAAACAAGAGGCUAGCUUGGAAACUGAAAUGGUUAUAGAGAAGUUUCGACUUGGAUAUAGACCAAUUGCUUCACAUUCUGCAAUAUUAUAUUAUUGCGUCACAGAGCUGCCCAAUGUAGAUCCCAUGUAUCAAUAUUCAUUGACGUGGUUUAUAAGUCUUUACAUUAUAUCGAUUGAGAAUGCCAACAAAUCGAAAGAUUUGGACAAGAGAUUAAAAUUUCUGAAAGACACAUUUACUUAUAAUUUAUAUAGCAAUGUAUGUAGAUCAUUGUUCGAUAAAGAUAAACUUAUGUUUUCUUUUAUUAUGUGCUCUAAAAUGAUGCUGGCUGCAGAGGAAAUGCAAUAUGAUGAAUUAAUUUUUUUAAUAACUGGAGGGAUUGCCGUCGAGAAUCCUCUGGUAAAACCCAAAGAUUGGAUACCAGAUAAAGCUUGGGAUGAAAUAUGUAGACUUGAUGACUUGCCAGCUUUUCAUGGAGUAAAAAAGGAUUUUGUAAGUAAGCUAGAUGCAUGGAAAGAAAUCUAUGAUGAUCUGAACCCACAUAACAAGCCUUUGCCUGGUAAGUGGGAUAAAUUAAUCCCUUUUCAAAAGCUCCUAAUUGUAAGAGUAUUAAGGCCUGAUAAAUUAACAAUAGCAGUUUCUGAAUUUGUAGAAAAGCAAUUGGGUCGUAAUUAUAUCACACCGCCGCCCUUCGACAUUGGAAAAUCUUUUGCAGACUCCAACUGCCUAGCCCCUUUAAUAUUCAUCCUUUCACCGGGCUCAGAUCCCAUGGGUGCACUUAUAAAAUAUUGUGAAAAAAUGGGUUACUCUAAUAGGUUCAGCUCGAUAUCAUUAGGGCAAGGACAAGGGCCGAUAGCUAAAGCAAUGAUAGAAAGAGCUCAAUUAGAAUCAGGUUGGGUAUGUUUACAAAAUUGCCACUUAGCUGUGUCUUGGCUACCUGUACUCGAAAAAAUUAUUGAAGGUUUUGACUUAACUAACACUGACCUUAGUUUUAGGCUUUGGUUGACAAGCUACCCUUCUGACAGGUUUCCUCAAUCUGUUUUACAAGUGGGUGUAAAGAUGACCAACGAACCCCCGACCGGGCUUCAACAUAAUUUAAAUCGGUCUUAUAAUUCGGAACCAUUAAAAGAACCAGAAUUCUAUGAAGGUUGCCCGGGAAAAGAUAAAUCAUUCAGUAAACUUUUGUAUGGUAUAAGUUUCUUUCAUGCAGUGGUACAGGAACGAAAAAAAUUUGGUCCCCUAGGUUGGAAUAUUCAAUAUGGUUUUAACGAUUCAGACUUUCAAAUAUCCGUUCUGCAGUUGCAAUUGUUCUUAAAUCAGUAUGAAGAAAUUCAGUAUGUGGCCAUAAAGUAUUUAACAGGUGAAUGCAAUUAUGGGGGUCGUGUCACCGAUGAUUGGGAUAGACGACUUAUUACUACGAUUUUAGACAACUAUGUUAAUCCAGGAGUUGUAAACGACCCUAACCAUACGUUCUGUGACAUUGGACCACAGUACGGCCUUCCUCGCAGGUGCGAGUACCAAGACUAUUUAAAGCAUAUUGAAUCCGUUCCUGUAAAUCCGCCUCCAGAGGUUUACGGUCUGCAUAUGAAUGCGGGAAUAACUCGUGAUUAUGCUAUAUCCAUGUCUCUAACUGGAACGUUAGUACUCGUAGAAGGAACAGACAGUGGGGGCGAAGGUGGAAAUACAGAAGCAGUACUUGUACACAUGGCAGGGGAAAUAUUGUCCAAACUCCCUCCUACGUUUGAUGUUGAAAUAGCUCAAAAAAAAUAUCCCGUGGAUUAUAAUGAAUCUAUGAAUACAGUACUUGUGCAAGAAAUGCAAAGGUUCAAUAAACUACUUAGCGAAAUCAGGAGUUCUUUGCAAGACUUGCAAAAAGCUGUUAAAGGUCUUAUUGUGAUGUCUCCGGCUUUAGAUCUGCAAGCCAACGCAAUGCUACUAGGUAAAAUACCAGGUAACUGGAGCAAAGUCUCUUAUCCUAGCCUGAAACCCUUACCUAGUUACGUUACAGAUUUUAUAGAAAGACUGAACAAGUUACAGACGUGGUACGAACAAGGCAAACCGUCUACGUUUUGGCUCUCGGGCUUUUUUUUCACGCAAGCUUUUCUAACUGGAUCGGUCCAAAACUAUGCUAGGUCUAAAAAAAUCCCAAUAGAUUUGCUAACUUUUGAUUUUGAAGUUCGUCGCGUAGAUUACGAAACAGUAGCUGCUGAGUACGGAGUUUACGUAGAAGGUCUUUUCAUGGAUGGCGGCCGAUGGGACAGAAAGGAAUAUGCAAUAGCCGAACAGCUCCCAAAAAUAUUGAAUGAUAACAUGCCCGCAAUUUGGCUAUAUCCGACAGUAAAAUCAGAAUUUCGUGAAGGCACAAGAUACAAAUGUCCUCUAUAUAAAACAUUAGAAAGAAAAGGCGUUCUGGCGACCACCGGACAUUCGUCCAAUUUUGUGUUACCAUUUUUUUUGCCUUCCAACAUGCCGCCUGCACAUUGGAUUAAACGAAGUGUUGCCUUAUUACUGCAAUUGGAUAAUUAGUCAGUCUUUUAACAUAGUUAAUGAACUAAGUUAUGCUCAGGAUUUUUAACGCUUUGGUGCUUAGUUAUUGGAGCAAGCUACCGUAAGAACUGUUUUAAAAUCUGUGCUACCGUGCCCACUGCCCAAAGGUUCAUGUUCAAAGGUUCAGGUUGUACAUACUAAUUACUUAUUCUGUGCCUGCAGUAACUAAGUUUGCUAUAGCGACUCGCAUUGGGUAUUGGUAUUAAGUAGCGUAUGACGCAAAUGCUCCUUCCUCAGAUCUGCUGACGCGUGACGCCCGAAACGAAAGAAUGGUUUUAUUCAUACUGUGUCCAUGCAAUUUUGUAGCUCGAUGUACCUAAACCAUGCAUCGGCAAACUAUUAAGAAAAAGUCACAGUCACAGGAAAAAUAUCGGUUACUGUUAAAUAUUUUAAAGCCAUGCAUGAAUAUUGAUUUGUUCUGUCUUAGGAAUAAGUAUUUUUUGGGAACUAAAACGGGACGUAAUCGCGUAUAAAUCAGUUUUUAAAUUUGCCUCCGGCGUUUCCAGGACGGCGUUUUGUCCCCGUGGUCUUGGAGAAGCUAAAGUUGACAUCAGUUUUUCGAACUACCCGCACUUCGCACACACCUAUCACAUGUUACGUAAAUUUAAUGUGCCGUAUUUUAUGCGACGUCCUACAUGCGUUUUUGAGUCUUGUGUAUAUCUUAAUACUAUCGCUAUCGCAGCUUUACAGCUUUAUAACAAUUAUAGUACUUAUCAUAAGUAGACGCGAAAAGCAAUCAACGAUUUGUGAACUUUUAAAUAUGACCAUGCCCUAACGUUCAGGCGCGCGGCCGUACGCCGACUAUUUAACAACACGAUUACAUUUACAAUUUUAAUCAGAUUGUGGGAAAAAUGGUCUUGUCUGGACAGAGCUUAAUACUAUAACACUAAGAUAGAUAGAUAGAUCUAGAUUAGUUAACCUUCUAUUCUAACUAAUCUGACCACUCGAACAGUACAUUAAAUAGGUAUAGCAGGUCAAGCAAAUCUUGUCAAUAGAAAAAGGCGGCAAAUUUAAAAAAGUAGGCAGGAAGGCGCGAAGGGAUAUCGUCCCA